AUGAAGUGUCUUGUUGCCAUUCUGGUCUGUGUGGUGCUUGCAGAGGGACUUGUCAAGGUCCCUCUGAAGAAGCACAAGUCUAUGCGUCAGGCCCUGAGAGAGAAAGGGAUUGAGCUACCUUACCAAGAUCCAGCUCUCAAGUACCAGCCUACUGAGUUCGUCGGCUCUGCCUACAUGUACAUCAACAACUAUGCUGAUACCACCUACUAUGGACCAAUCAGCAUUGGAACACCCCCCCAGUCCUUCCAGGUGCUGUUUGACACCGGCUCUGCUAACCUGUGGGUGGACUCCAUCUACUGUAACACUCAGGCCUGCAACGCACACACAAAGUUCAACCCCCAGCAGUCCUCCACCUACGUUUCUAAGGGUCAGUCCUUCUACUUGCCCUAUGGAGCUGGAAGCCUGUACGGAGUCUUUGGAUAUGACACUGUCAAUGUUGGUGGCAUUGUGAUCACUAACCAGGAGGUUGGUCUGAGCACAAAUGAGCCUGGUCAGAACUUUGUGGUGGCUCAGUUUGAUGGCAUCCUCGGCCUGUCCUACCCAGCUAUCUCAGCUGGAGGAGAAACCCCUGUCGUGGACAACAUGAUCGCUCAAAACCUGCUGAAUGCUGACAUAUUUGCUUUCUACCUUUCCAGGGGAGGCCAGCAGGGUAGUGAACUCUCUUUUGGAGGAGUGGACACCAACAUGUACCAGGGUCAGAUCUACUGGACCCCUGUCACCUCCGAGACCUACUGGCAGAUUGGAGUUCAAGGAUUCCAGAUCAAUGGUCAGGAGACCGGCUGGUGCUCUCAGGGUUGCCAGUCCAUUGUAGACACUGGAACCUCCAGUCUGACAGCCCCAAGCCAGCUUCUGGGUAACAUCAUGCAGGCCAUUGGAGCCCAGGAGAACCAGUAUGGAAAUUAUAUGGUGGACUGCAGCCAGAUCAACAACUUGCCAACUCUCAGCUUUGUUGUCAGUGGUGUUGCCCUCCCUCUGCCUCCUUCUGCUUACAUCAACCAGGAAACCCAGAAUGGAUACCUGUAUUGCUCAGUGGGCAUCACCCCCACCUACCUGCCCUCUCAGAAUGGCCAGCCUCUCUGGAUCUUUGGAGAUGUGUUCCUCAGAGAGUAUUACUCUGUCUAUGACCGGGCCAACAACCGUGUCGGGUUUGCUACAGCUGCCUAA